AUCGAGGAAUAUUCAAGGACUCCACCGCAAUCAUGGAAGCCGAAAUCAAGAAUUUUUUGCCCAAUAUUGAUCCUGUGAUCUCUGAAUACUCUGUUGGAUACCUCACCCAUGCAUCUAACGCAUAUGUCCCAGACUCCGAUUCCACAGGGCAAUCACCUUUAGCAGAAGCAGCCUUGUCAAUCACAUCUCUGUUGGUAUCUGCUUCAGGGGACCCAUCACCAGAAAAUGUGGAAAAGAUUAGCCAGCUAGUUGGAAAAUGGGUGGAGAAGUUCAGCGCCUCGGCGGAAAAUGGACAGCAGAAACAAACGUCUUCUGCUGCCAGACGGUUGGACCGGGCCUUCCAAGUAGAAGCCCAACGGAAUAUGUCAUCUACGCUCGGUGUUUUAACUGGUGGUGUGGAUCUGGAGUCCGCAAAUACUAGGAAACUAGAAUCCAAAGUUGAUAGGAAGAAGCUGGAGAAGGCAGAAAGAAAGAUUGCCGCAAAGCAGAACAAGAAGACCUUCAAGACCGUCGAGUAUGAAGCUUCGAGGUUACUCAACCAGCCAGAUGAUACCCAAUCGUACGAAGAGUUCUUCAUGGCGGUCAACCCGCUUCAACUUGGCUCAAAUGCCAUGGGCCAGCAGAAGAGCAAGGAUAUCAAGCUGGAUGGAAUAGAUGUGUCAAUUGGCGGCUUGAGAAUCUUGACAGAUACCAGCCUGACUUUGGCUUAUGGUCGAAGAUAUGGUUUGGUUGGUCAAAACGGUAUAGGAAAGUCUACUCUGUUGCGGGCGUUGGCACGAAGAGAACUUGCAAUCCCUACGCAUAUUUCCAUUCUCCACGUUGAGCAAGAGAUUACCGGAGAUGAUACCCCUGCUUUACAAGCCGUUCUUGAUGCAGACGUGUGGCGGAAGCAUCUACUUGCUGAACAAACUAAAAUUACCAAGCAACUUGCAGAUAUUGAGGCUGAACGGUCCACCUUAGCAGAUACUUCUGCCGAUGCUGAAAAACUAGACAGGGACCGUGAAGGUCUUGAUCAGACUCUAGGAGACGUUCAAGCCAAACUGGCGGAAAUGGAGUCAGACAAAGCCGAAUCUCGAGCAGCAAGCAUCCUGGCAGGUCUGGGUUUCUCUCCUGAACGACAGCAAUACGCAACGAAGACAUUCUCCGGAGGUUGGCGUAUGCGACUGGCGUUAGCACGAGCACUCUUCUGCGAACCUGACCUUCUACUUCUUGACGAACCGUCCAACAUGUUGGAUGUCCCUUCGAUUACCUUCCUCGCCACAUACCUCCAAAGCUAUCCAAGUACAGUCCUUGUAGUCUCUCACGACAGAGCGUUCUUGAACGAGGUUGCAACAGAUAUCAUCCACCAACACUCUGAACGUCUUGAUUACUACAAGGGAGCCAACUUCGAGUCCUUCUACGCGACCAAGGAAGAACGACGGAAGACUGCAAAGAGAGAGUACGAGAACCAGAUGGUACAACGUGCCCAUCUCCAAGCCUUCAUCGACAAGUUCCGAUACAACGCCGCCAAAUCUUCCGAGGCUCAAUCUCGUAUCAAAAAGUUAGAAAAGAUGCCCGUCCUCGAGCCACCAGAGAGCGAAUACACCGUCCAUUUCAAGUUCCCAGACGUUGAGAAGCUAUCCCCACCAAUUGUGCAGAUGAGCGAUGUGACAUUCGGCUACUCCAAAGACAAGAUCCUGCUCCGCAACGUCGACUUGGACGUACAGCUCGACUCCCGGAUCGGCAUCGUCGGGCCCAACGGUGCGGGUAAAACCACGGUUCUCAAACUCCUCAUCGGCAAAUUAACACCAACAUCCGGGCUCAUCUCCCAGAAUCCCCGAUUACGCAUCGGCUUCUUCGCCCAACAUCACGUCGAUGCUCUUGACCUCAACGCCAGUGCUGUGAGUUUCAUGGCCAAAAACUAUCCCGGGAAAGCGGACGAGGAGUACCGGCGACACCUAGGAGCCUUCGGUAUCACUGGGACGACGGGCUUACAAAAGAUGGCGUUGCUAUCCGGAGGACAGAAGUCUCGUGUGGCCUUCGCCUGCCUCUCACUCCAGAACCCGCACAUCCUCGUCCUGGACGAACCGUCCAACCAUCUCGAUAUCGAGGCCAUGGACGCGCUGAGCACGGCGCUGAACCAGUUCCAGGGAGGCGUGUUGAUGGUUUCUCACGACGUGACCAUGUUGCAGACCGUCUGCACCAGUCUUUGGGUCUGUGACAAUGGCACGGUCGAGAAGUUCCCCGGUGAUGUGCAGGCGUAUAAGAAGAGGAUCACGGCGCAGGCGGAUGCGAAUGGCGUUGUACAAAAACAUUAG